CUGCUUCGAUUUCGACUUCAGUUCUGCCUUUUAAUUACAAUGAGUUCCAGUGGUAAUUCUUCAGCCACAGUAGGGAGUAGUACUAAUGAUACAGAUGCUAAUUAUCCCUUAUGGAAGUAUGUGACUGUGUUAGAAAGAAUUGGGAAAAAGGGAGGAAAUGUGAAGUUUGAAUGUAAAUAUUGCCAUAAAAGUUAUGUGGGAUCUUAUUCCCGUGUGUUAGCUCAUCUACUUAAGAUCAAGGGACAAGGAAUAGCUACUUGCAAUUUUGUGACUCCUCAAGUUAAAUUUGAGAUGCAAAAAUUUACUGACGAAGCUGAACAUUUGAAGAGGUCGAAAUCUUCGUCUAUCCCACUCCCUCCUACUUCAAAUCCACAUGGUGGAAUUUCACAUAUGGGUGGAAGUUCACUUAUACCGGAUGUUCAAUUGAAAAAAAGAAAGGGUGUUAAUGAUUCAGCUGUGGCAAGAGCUUUCAAUAACGAAGCUCGAGAACAGUUGAGGGCUGAAAUUGCUAGGAUGUUCUAUUCCUCUGGAUUGCCAUUUCACUUGGCUAGAAAUCCUCACUAUAUAAAUUUCUACACAUUUGCAUCCACCAACAACAUUGCUAGCUUUAUUCCACCCAGUUAUAAUACAUUGAGGACUACACUACUUCAGAGGGAGAGGGCAAAUAUUGAAAGGUUGUUAAUGCCAAUCAAAGAUAGUUGGAAUGAAAAAGGUGUAAGUAUUGUCUCUGAUGGAUCAGGGGAUCCUCAAAGAUGA